AUGAGUGUGCCAGAUGAAUCGGUGACCUUUUUAGUUGAUGCCGUGGUCACACAUUUGGAGUUAAAAGGCAUUAACGCCGAACCUCAGAACUUAAAUGCGUCCAUAAAAUUCCCACAGAGGGCUUGGAAAAUGGGUGCCAGCCGUAUAAAUGUCACUGAUUUUCCUCCCAACCGGGAGGAGCAGAUCGUAUCAAGUCCCUGCCGCAUGCGUGAUGCUCUUGAGGCAAACGGCAUAGUUUUGGGAGUUCUCUACAGUGGUUCGACGGUGGGUGCUGCCACCAUGUCGUUCCCGCAGGAAUUUCUCGACAAGAUUUGCCCCACAAUGAGUGAUCUACUGCACACGGAUAACCUUCAACUGAUGCGCCGAAAGGACGUUGUUGGCUCUGUCACCAUUGUGGUGCGUUUGACCUUAAAAUGCGAGAAGGACCGUGACUCGAUAACGACAAAAAUAGCAGACAGUCGUGCAAAAGUCCAAUUCAUUCAACCUGGCGUUACGGAACUGGAAGUGCCGCAGGAUGUACCUAAAACGAAGAGGCGUGUCAGUUUCUCCAGCCUAGGACAUACCAUAAAUCCGCAGGAUGUGAUGUUUACGAUCGGCGACCCCGAUCCGGUGCUGGAAAUACCCUCCAAUCCUUGCUCCGAACUUGCAGAGGCCGAUGGGGAUAGGCUUUUGAGUUUGGACUUGGCUCGGUAUAGCAGCAUGAAAAAUAGCAGGGUAGUUCUUCCCGAUGAUCUUCCUUGUCUUAAGGAGAAGCCUUCGCUUCGACAACUGAAAGAAAUCACUCGACAGUUCACCCACAUUGUCGAUUCGGUAUCCAUGAAACUUAAGCAAAAUGAUUGCUGGAGUCCUGUUCCUACAGAGGAACCUUUGGAAAACAGCAGUUUUCUGAAGAAUCCUACGCAGGAACACAGGAUUCCAGUGCCCAUUAAAAACAACGAGGAGUACGGAGUCAAGCCCAUUCGAUUCUGCCCCAUCUGCCUGUGUUCAAUGUCCUGGCUGCCAAAGUACGCGAACUGUCCACGCUGCCAGACCACGACACGGCCUUUUGCCGAAGAGACUGUCAGCGAUUUGCAAACUGCUGAUCAGAUAAUGAAUGAACAGCUGGUGAGCCCGAAACCACCAAAAGGAGCGGAGGACUUUUGUCAGAGUCCCUGUGAGGCGGCCCUUAAGGUUACCCAUAGCGAGGACGAGUGCCCUCCCUGUCGGUGCACCUGUACGUUGGGCAAGAUAUGCGCCCACUGCCGCAUCCGUAAGCUUUGCAAGGAUAUCUACAACGUGCCGUCAUCAGUUCAUAGGAUCCAUCCAAAGGGCAAGUCUGACGAGGAUUAUAGUGUCGCCUCCGAUGCGGAGGGGGAGCCCGAUGGUCCCUAUUUAGCCAGAGUCUUCUCUGAGCUAAAGAAUCUCUACGACUUACACGACUCCAAGAAGCAGUCAGACCUCGAAAAACGUUGCCACUCGAGCGCUCUUAUAUCUCAACACGCGUCUAAACAAGCGCUAGGCCAAGAUCAACCGCUUGUUGUCCGAUCCUUACCAGCCUGUGCGAUCGUGACCAACCGGCCAAAGCAUGUCCACAAACGCUGCCUACCAGCGGAAUGCAUAGUAUCCCGACGUCAUGGUUGGAACUGGACAAAGACCUUGGAGGCCCGCAACAACGGAUGGCGUCCGGGAGCCAUUCUGAGCACUUCUGGCCAUGUAAUGCGCUACUUCCUCAAUCGCCGCGACAAGUACAUCUGCCAGAAGCCCCAUUUCGAUUAUCAAAGGCCACAACACUUGCUGCCUCCGAUGCUAAAUAUAUUUAAGCGAAAGGGCGAGAUAUUAAUCGAACUGCGUCCCCAGGGAGCCAUGACUGGGCGGCAAAAGCCAAUAGUUCGCCGGAUUGUCAAAAGUAAUCUGGCAGUGGCUCUGCGUCAGAUAAAACGAGCCCUUAAAGACAGGGGCUUCCGUAGGUGUAUAUGCCACAAGUCCCUGGUGUUGUGCACUUGUCGCGAUGCUAUAGAAAAGAUGGAGUUGAACAAGGCCCUGAAAAAGGAGUGCCACAAUCGGAACAUGCCGUCGUGUCCAGAACACCUUGUGCUUACCGACACGAGUGACAGUGAUGUGGAGCUAGACCUGAAGGUCAUCCCACCCACAGCGACUCGACGGUUGGAGCUCAGAGCCAUUUCCAACAACGUGAACCGCGGUACUCAGACGGGUAAAAAGGGAAGCCGGACGGACAAGCCCCUUAACCGGGUUAUACUAAAUCCCUAUUCCAGGGCCUAUGACUGUGCAGUCGGUGGUCGCUUCACAGGUACUGCAUUCGGGGCGCCUGCAGAGAAUGUUUUCGCGGACGGUGUUUUUGGUCUGGACGGUGGUGGUCCACAUGGAGUCCAGCCAAAAUAUAACGGCAGGUCCAGGGUGCCACCAUCCUGCAUGUUACCUUCAGAAGCAGCAGGCAACGGGGAGACUAUCCUUGGCGGUAGACAAGGACGUCCAUGCCUGCAUAACACUGGCGAUCGUGGCGCUGCCGUCUGGGCUGGAUUCCCCUAUGCCGAAAAGAUUUUUGGAGAAAAAAAGAAAACUGGACCCAUUCCUGUGCGAUGGACUAAACGAAUGCUCCAGGCAGCCAAGGCGGCUAAACAAAAGCAACUCGAAGCAAAGGCAAAGAAGAAAAAAAGCGUAAAUUUGUUGAAGUACAUGGAGACGCAAGGUCCCAUUAGGCGGGCGGGAAGUCCAAAAGAUGGAAAGGUCCACAAGCCAGUAUCUUAA